GUUUAAUUGGUGAUUAUGGCAUCAAUUAACAACGCAGGUCGAUUCCUGCGUCGUCUUCAAGCUCUGACCUUGAGCAGCUGUAUCUUCCCGAAACUGUCUCCUGCUUCUGCUUUCAUGGAUGCAUCAGUUCCCAGUUCUUCUAGAAAAUCUAAUUUCUCUUCUUUCGCUCAGUCCAGCCGAAGCGGCGGUAGAGGAGCAGGCUAUGAGAGAGAGAACGAUAGAAGAAGACCUCAGGGCAGUGGCGGUGCCGGAAAAGAUAAAAUUGAUGCGCUUGGAAGACUCUUGACACGAAUCUUGCGACACAUGGCUACUGAGCUGAGAUUGAACAUGCGAGGUGAUGGUUUUGUUAAAGUUGAAGAUUUACUUAAGCUGAAUUUGAAAACGUCUGCUAAUGUUCAAUUGAAGUCACACACGAUUGAUGAAAUCAGAGAGGCUGUGAGAAGAGAUAAUAAACAACGUUUUAGCUUAUUAGAAGAGAAUGGUGAGCUCCUGAUCCGCGCAAACCAAGGCCACUCAAUCAAGACUGUAGAGUCGGAAAAGUUGCUUAAACCAAUACUGUCACCAGAAGAAGCUCCAGUGUGUGUACAUGGAACUUAUAGGAAGAAUUUGGAAUUAAUCUUAGCAUCGGGCUUAAAGCGCAUGAAUAGAAUGCAUGUUCACUUCUCCUGUGGCUUACCAACAGAUGGUGAAGUGAUUAGUGGCAUGAGAAGGAAUGUCAAUGUUCUGAUCUUCCUCGACAUGAAGAAAGCUCUUGAAGAUGGGAUUGCGUUCUACAUUUCAGACAACAAAGUGAUUCUGACUGAAGGCAUUGAUGGUGUAGUGCCUGUCGAUUACUUCCAGAAGAUCGAGUCUUGGCCUGAUCGGCAAUCCAUACCAUUCUGAUUCAUAUGAUUUAACAUCAUCCGAAGAUUCACAGCAGGAUUCUGUGACAAUGACUGUGACGAUGCUUGUCUCUAUGUUUUCAAUUGCACAUGUGAAAGAUUAUCGGAACGUUCAAGAUAAUCCGAUAAGGGUGGUGUUUCGAUAAAGCCUGAAAGACAUGAUAUUCACCUACGCGUGUAAAAAACGAAACCAAGUGUUAUAAAGCCUUUUUGUGGUGCAUAAACGUGGGGAGAAUUCAAGGCCCAAGGCCCAAAUACGAAAGAAACAUUAAGAACAUGUAGAACCUUUUCCUUUGCAAGUUUGGUCUGAAAAGUUAUAAUUAUGCAUAUGCUUAAAGUUGGAUUUAGUCUUUUAAGCUGCGGUUAUCGAAA